AUGUCUGUUUCAUUGGAGGAAUCAAGUCCUUUGGAUAGUCAUUUUCGGGACGCUCUUCCUUCUAUUUUGAAAAAGUCCCGCAACACUGAGAUCUGGGGUGUUGAUUUGAAGCACGCGGAGUGGCAGGUACUGGAGGUGAUCUUGGAGAAGUUUCUCAGACGCCAUUCCGCAAUCCCAGCACUUCAAGUGUCCAGGGCAAGCGCCUCACUCGAGAAAACUUUAGACCGGAGACCCUUCUUUGACCCGAGGGCUUUCCUUGCUGAAGCAGAGUCCAUCCUUCCAGACUUGGACCUGUGCCAUAUCACAUUGAAUGACGGCCAAUAUGUGCUGUGGGUCAGCAUUGAUGAGAUUAAGAUUAAAGGAUACGCACCAUUAUAUGAAAGCCUGACGACGUCUAAAGGGUUGGUGAAGUUAGGUCUUGCUGUAAUGGAAAAGCUCUCCAUGCUUCUGAUGCAAGCAGCCGCUAGUUCUGACCUACAUGACUAUUCGGCUUCCUGUGUGAUUGAAUUCAAGAUGAGCGAUAUUCAGCACAUCAAGAAAGGACAGCAGUCCUCCCAGGGAAAGAUUCGCAAUGCCCUCGAGGAAUUGGUGACAUCCAUUCGGCAUCACUAUCCUAAUAUUCUGGGAAAGGCAUACAUCAUCAACCCUCGGGAUGAAUACCUCGCAUCUCUCGAUAUCGAUGAAGCUCUCUUGAGAAACACGGUAUUGUUGAAGAACCCAGAGGACCUUAGUCGAUAUCUUGGCUCCCAGCUUCCACCUCGAUAUGGGGGUACUGUGGAAUCGUUCGCGGGAUGUGGUUUGCUCCAUAGUGACUGUCUUGCGAGGGAUCCAAAGGAGAACACCAGUCUCCAGACGCCAGAGACCAGCGCAGCAGCAAGUGCUGAUAUAGAGAAGACCUCGGUGGAAAAGGAAACUACAGCUUCCGCUAUGGAUAUCGGCUGCACCAGUCCUGAAGGCCUGGAAGAAGGCCUGGAAACAGGGGAGCAAAAAACACGCUUAAUUUACUCAGAAACCAUUGGACCUCCUUCUAUCAUACUCGACCCCGGUGACUUGCAGACAGCAGACGACCUUUGUCCCGGCAAAAUGGGCGCGCGUCUUGUUUUCGCAGAUUCGGAGAUGGUUGUGAAAUUCGGCCAUGGUAUUCGUUUGGCCGAAGCCGAAGCGUUACAUUUGGCAUCUACCCGUACGACCAUAGCAACACCAAAGCUUCUCAGUGCAUAUAUCCUUGACGGCGUUGGAUACAUCGUAAUGUCAUAUGAAGCGGGCGAGCCACUGGAACAAUACUGGGACCGUGUUUCGCAGGCUGAGCAAAAUCGCAUACUGGAGCAAUUACGGGACUACGUGAACCAGAUGCGGGAGAUUCCAGGGGAUCUCAUCGGUGGACUUGACGGAUCACCCUGUCGAGACGGCAUCUUCGAGGCUGGCUACGGCGACUACACUAGCUACAGCUACGGACCAUACUCAUCCGAGGAAAGUUUCGAUGAAGGAAUCGCACAAGCUUUGCGAGAUCGACUGCCCUUGGAACUGCUCGAACGUGAACAUGACAUCGAAUCGAACUUUUUCAACAGCGAGUACAUGCUGUACCAGACGGUCCGAGGUCUCAAAAAUCACAAGAUCGUGUUUACACAUGGAGAUUUACACCCAGGGAAUAUCAUUGUUCGGACUGAUGGCACUGUUGUUCUAGUGGACUGGGGCUCAGCUGGAUUUUGGCCGGAGUAUUGGGAGUUCUACCGUGCUUUGCAUAAUCCACCCUGGAGGGCCUCAUGGGAUCGCAUGGUGGAGAAAUUUGUUCCGCCUUUUUAUGUUGAGUAUAGCGUGAUUAAAAGGGUGUUCGGGACUGUGUGGAACUAA